UAAAGCAAUGGUUAAAAUUAAAUGAGUGUUAAUUUUUUUGGGGGAAUAAAAAAUCUAGAGUUUUUGCUAUAAAAUAAAGUAGAAAUUACUGGUUUACCCCUGUAUAUCUGCUUAAAUCAAUACCAGGAUAGUUGAUCGUCACUUUAGCAACACCAAGCAACAAAAUUCAAGAAAUGAUCCACUCCAUUUUAGUACCCACCUCAAAUUUACCCAUCCCUUUUCAAUUUUCCACAAAAAAUACAAAGUCACAGUUCAAAUCAUCCAGUAAUUGUACUAAAAUUAAUAAAGAUUGCAAUUUAAUUCAUACAAGAACAGGGCAAAAUCCCCAAAAACCCAUAUUUUUGCAGUCAUUAGGAUUGUGCAAAUGUGGAAGAAGACAUUUUAUGGAGACAAUUGCAAGCACCGUUCUUCAUACUUCACUUCCCUCUCUAGCUUUUGAGUUAGAGCCCAACUCAUCAUCCCAUGCACAGGACAUGCUAAACAAAAUCCACCCUCCUAGGUCAGAUUGGUAUGAGGAAUUCUAUGCAUCAGUUAUGAACUAUGGCAUGAAAGAAUAUGAAGCUGAGGUCGCAGGUUACAAGUCUCAGCUCUUUGAUAAGUUGAACGGACAAACCAAAGAAGUUUUGGAGAUAGGUGUUGGGACAGGAACUAAUUUUAAAUACUAUGCCAGUGAUGCACGUAUGGUUUUUGGGAUUGAUCCAAACAGAAAGAUGGAGAAGUAUACCAGGAGAGCAGCCGAUGCUGCAGGUCUUUCUCCAGAAAAAUUUAAAUUCGUGCAAGCGGUAGGGGAGGCUUUACCACUGGAUGAUGCUUCUGUUGACACUGUCAUUGGAACACUUGUAUUGUGUUCUGUCAAAGAUGUCCCUAGGACUCUUCAAGAGAUAAAGAGGGUGCUUAAACCAGGGGGCCUAUACUUGUUUGUGGAGCAUGUGGCUGCAAAGGAUGGAACGUCACUGAGGCUUCUGCAGAAAAUUUUCAACCCGCUGCAGCAGUUGCUAGCUGAUGGAUGUCAUCUGACAAGAGAAACGGAGAAGCACAUUUCCGAAGCAGGCUUUUCUAGUGUCAAUACCAGCACGAGUUUCAUCUCUAGUGCGUUGUUUAUAAACCCUCAUCUCUAUGGAAUUGCUCACAAAUGACUCGGUGAAGUGCCUCUCAAGGCAUAUUGUCGAAGUUUUAGGUGUGAUAACCAGGUGGCCAAGCCAAGGCCCAGGAGCAAAGAUUAUUUUGGCUGGAUUUCUUAAUCAAUCUUAUUUGGUGCAGAGUUCCCAGUUUUGGAAAUUAAGUCCAAACCUAGUCCGAGAUGAUGAUGAAUGUGCUAAUUUUGUGGCUUAGUUUCAUUUUGUCGGUCGAAAAGUAUAUGAUGUUUAGCACAUAUUGUCAUUAAAGACAACGAUAGAGAAUGUUGCUAGAAUAAUUCCUAGUUGGUAUCAAUAUGUGCAAUUGAAUGUAGUAACAUUUCUUGAAAUUAAUAAUGGCGUCGAUGAAGGGGAAAUGUCUCGAAUUUUGAUAUACCUUCAACUAAACAACAUGAUGACACUGAAGUUUUGAGA